AUGUACUUCGAUGGGUCGGUCAUGGGCCUCGACGCGAGGGCUGGAGUGGUCCUAAUCUCCCAAGGGGGAAACAGGCUUCGCUACGUAAUCUGCCUCCACUUCAAUGCCUCAAACAACAUCGCAGAAUACAAAGCCCUCAUCAAUGGGCUACGUAUCGCCAUUGAGCUCGGCGCGAUGCGGCUCUACGUCCGCGGUGACUUGGAAUUAGUGGUCGACCAAGUCAUGAAGGAGUCCUCCUGCAAAACUCCACUCAUGGCAGCGUACUGCCAAGAGGUACGCAAGCUCGAGGGCAAGUUACGAGGAAUCGAGUUGCACCACAUCCCGCGAAGAGAUAACAACGCCACCGACUCCCUCGCAAAAUUAGCAGCCAAGCGGGAUCUACCCCCGGACGGGGUCUUCGUGAACAACCUCCAUGAGCCAUCUGUCCACAUUCGAGUGAAUCUGACCUAG